AUGACGCGGCACCUGGCCUCACAGCAGGCCGAGAAUGCCAAGAAGAUCGAGGCCGAGAUCGUGAAGAAGGAAGAGGAGCUCCGUGAACUCCGACGGUCCCUGGGCGAGUCGCGGACCGAAGAGCGGCGCCUCUUGGAUCUUGCAGAGGCCCAGGAGGCCGAAGCGGUUGCCGCAAAAGCGGACGCCGAGGAGGCGGCAGCAGAAGUCGAGAUGCCCCCCAGUUCGGUACCUUCCGUCGAGGUGGAGGAGCUCCAGCCUCUGGGUGCUUGCGUUCUCAACGCUCAGCGAAGCUCUGGACGAGUCAGGCCGAUUGAUUCCGAUUCAUCAUCAAAUGCCUUUGGUCCGUUGGCGUCUGAGGGCUAG